AUGGCCGAGAAGAUGAUCGUCUUCCUCCUCCUAGUCUCCCUGCCCUUCUUCUUCUGCCCUAUCCUUGCCUUGGGCGGCGACCGGCUCAUGCCCGUCAGCGUCGAGGCGCGCAACUCCACCGACUCUCGGCUGGAGACCUACAUCGUCCACGUGCGGAAGCCGGAGCACAUGCUCUCCGCCGGCCGCGAAGAGCUGGAGAGCUGGCACAAGUCCUUCUUGCCAUCUCCCCCCUCGGACUCCGGAGCGCCGCGACUCGUGUAUUCCUACGAGAGGGCCCUCAGCGGGUUCGCGGCCCGGCUGACCCCGGAGGAGGUGGCGGACAUGGAGGCCAAGGAGGGAUUCCUCUUCGCCUACCCCGACGAGCCCCUCGCCGCAGAGACAACCUGGAGUAAUGCAUUCUUGACGCUUACCAGUAGGGGGGGCAUGUGGGAAACCACAGGGUAUGGCAUGGGGAUGAUCGUCGGCGUCAUCGACAGCGGCAUCAACCCCGACCAUGUCUCCUUCGGCGACAACUUGUUCCCCGACCCGCCGGAGAGGUGGAAGGGACGGUGUGACCUCAACGCCCCGAGAAAGUGCAACAAGAAGCUCAUAGGCGUGAGGAACUUCGACUCCGAAGGCCCCCAGGCGGAAGCUCUUGACGUCACUGGGCACGGCACCUUCGUGGCGGGCGUAGCGGGGGGCAGCAACAUCGUUAACGUCAGCUUCAACGGCCUUGCCGACGGCAUAGCAGCCGGUGCGGCCCCCGGUGGGCAUCUGUCGAUCUACCGCGCUAGCAUGGCGUCCGGCCUGGUGGCCGCCAUCGACGAAGCGAUCAGGGACCGCGUCGACGUGAUCUGUCUCGCCAUGACGCUUCCCACGGGGGAGUUCCACCGGAACGACAUCGCCAUAGCCACUCUGUCGGCCGUCGAGAGCGGGAUCUUCGUCAGCUGCGCCGCCGGCAAUCGCGGCCCCCACCGCGGCAGCGUGCGGAACGACGCGCCAUGGGUCCUCACGGUGGGAGCCGGCACCAUGGACAGGGCCCUGAGGGUGAUCCUGCAUCUCGGCGACGGAGAGAAGUAUGAAGGAGAGUCCCUCCACAACGCCACAAUGAUACCCACGGGUAGCCUGCGUCUUGCUCACCCGUCCUCGUGCUCCUCCCCGUUGAAGGGCGUCGUCGGCACGGCGGUGCUCUGCAGGAGCCAGCCGGCGGCCAUCUCACCGGCGCGCCAAGCCUGGCACGUCAUGGAGGCCGGCGGUGCCGCCAUGAUACUGAUGAACGACCACCUCAAUGGCUCCACCAUCGUGCUCGCCGACACCGCGCUCCCCACGGUGGCCAUAACCUAUCGCGACGGGCAGCAACUCGUCUCGUACUUCGAGUCGGCACGCGGCAGCGCCACCGUCGAACUGCUGCCGAUGGGAACCACAUACCAAGCCGCUCCCACUCCCACGGUGGCCUCUUUCUCCGGCAGGGGACCGAGCUCCGCCAACGGCGGCAUACUGAAGCCGGACAUCAUCGUAUCGGGCGUCAACAUUCUCGGCCCCGCCUUAUCGUCGAACACGGGAUUCGCGUUCUCCUCUGGCACGUCGGCGUCCGCCGCCAUCCUCACCUCCAUCGCCGCGAUGAUGAGGAAGAACCAUACGGAGUGGUCGCCGGCCGUCAUCCGGUCCGCCAUCAUGACCUCCAGCGACUACCUCGACAACGAGAUGAACCCGAUCAGGGAUGAGACCGGCGGCGCCGCCAGUGCGUUCACCCUCGGCGCCGGCCACGUAAAACCGCACAUGGUGAAUGACCCCGGUCUCGUCUACGAUAUCGUUCCGGAGGACUACCUCCGCUACCUGUGCGGCCUGGGUUACACCCAGAUGCAGGUGGAAGCCGUCGCACGGCGGGGGGUCGACUGCGAGAGCCUCGGCAGCCUCCUCCCCGAGCAGCUGAACUACCCUUCCAUAGCCGUGACGCUGCGGGGGGGAAGGACGACGGUGACGAGGACGGUGAGGAACGAGGGUCCGGAGGCUUCAUUCUACAGGGGUCAGGUAGUCGGAAUGCCGGCGGACGUUGUCGUGGAGGUCAACCCCUCCGAGCUCAACUUUAGAGAGAAGGGCGAGUAUCAGUCGUUCACGGUGACCUUCUUCUACGGCGGCGGCGCUGGCGGGAACCAAGUCUACGAAGGAAAUCUCAUCUGGUCCGCCGCCACCAGCAUUCACACAGUGAGGACGCCUCUAGUGGUCACCGUCGCAUAG